AUGCUAAGCAGCAGUCGCGGCAGUGGCAGUGGCAGUGGCGGUGGCAAUGAAGCAACGCGAAUGACUGAAUUGGGCAUAGGCACGAGCACGGGCCCAAUAAGUAAUCAGGCUGGCGAUGAUAUGAAUGCCAUAGAUGCGGAAAUGUUAGCGCCCGAUGAGCAGGACAAUUGCCUGGCGGGCUAUUUCCAUUGCAAUACAACGGCCCAGUGUGUGCCACAGCGCGCCAACUGUGAUGGGAGUGUCGAUUGUGAUGAUGCCUCCGAUGAGUCGAACUGUGAAAAUGCAUUGGAUGCCAAGUAUUGGGAUCAUUUGUUUCGCAAAAACCCGUUUGGACGACAGGGCAUGGAUGACAUACCAAUUGGCAAAUGUUUUUGGAAAACUGGCAACUUUAGUUGUCCUUGUCGCGGCGAUGAAAUGAUAUGUCGCUUUCAGCAGCUUACAGCGCUGCCCACUUAUCUACCCAGCAAUCAUAUGGCAACGCUCGAUCUCACCGGCAACAGCUUUGACAUCAUCAACGAAACGUUCUUCAGCACACUGCCCGACGUGGAGAGUCUCGUGCUGAAGUUCUGCUCAAUUCGUGAGAUUCUACCACAUGCACUCAAUAGACUGGCAGACAUUCCACUGAAAACGCUCUAUAUGGACGAUAAUAAAUUGUCGCAAUUGCCGCAACAUUUCUUUGCGCCCGGCAAUCAAUUGAGAAUAUUAAUUUUGGCACGCAAUCGCUUAAGCAGUCUCAGCUCGCAAGAUUUUCAAUAUCUGCAAUAUUUGGAAGAACUCGAUCUACGAGGCAAUUUCAUAUCACACUUUGAAGCCAAUGUCUUUGCUCAGCUUGAAAAUCUCGAAUUGCUUUACCUGAACGAGAAUCGGCUGCUGGAGCUGCACGCCGGCAUGUUUCCUGAUACGCUACAGCAUCUGCAUACGUUGUCACUGGCGCAGAAUCAAAUUGUUAGCAUAGCUCCCAAUACUUUUACAUUUCCACGACUGCGACACUUAUUUCUGGCCGGCAAUCAAUUGUACCACAUACGCGACGGCACCUUCUGCAACCUCAGCUAUCUGCAAGGACUUCAGUUGAAUGAGAAUCGUUUGGAGCAAUUCGAUGUGCAUGCCUUUGACUGUUUGGGCAAUUUAAGUUCGCUGGUCUUAACGGAUAAUCCAUUUCGCACGCUCGAUCCGCUGGUGCUGCAAAAUGUCAGUCUACAUUUUGUCUAUUUUUCGUGGUUCCAUUUGUGUCGCGCGGCUCAGCAUGUGCGUGUUUGUUAUCCACGCAGCGAUGGCAUUAGCAGCAGAUUACAUCUGCUCGAUAACCAGAUAUUACGCGGCAGUGUCUGGGUCAUGGCUGCAAUUGCGGUUGUGGGUAAUCUUCUGGUUCUGCUGGGUCGUUAUUUUUAUAAAUCACGCAACAAUGUCGAGCAUUCACUUUACUUGCGCCAUCUGGCGGCCAGUGACUUUCUCAUGGGCAUCUAUCUAACGGUUAUCGCCUGUGCGGACAUCAAUUUUCGUGGCGAAUAUUUGCGUAAUAUGGAAAGCUGGCGACAUAGCAGUCUCUGCGCUUUUGCAGGGUUUUUAAGCACCUUUAGCUGUCAGUCUUCAACGCUGCUGCUUACGCUAGUGACUUGGGAUCGUUUGAUGUCCGUUACGCGUCCGCUUAAGCCACGCGACACUGAAAAAUUAAGAAUCGUGCUACGUUUGCUGCUGCUGUGGGGCAGUAGCUUUGCUUUGGCUGCGGCGCCACUGCUGCCCAACAAUUACUUUGGUCAACAUUUCUAUGGCAACAAUGGCGUCUGCUUAUCCUUGCAUAUUCACGAUCCAUAUGCCAAGGGCUGGGAAUACUCAGCGUUGCUUUUCAUCUGCAUAAAUACGAUCUCCUUGAUAUUUAUACUCUUCUCCUACGUACGCAUGUUGCAAGCAAUUCGAGACUCCGGCGGUGGCAUGCGUAGCACACACAGCGGCAGAGAAAAUGUCGUUGCUACACGCUUUGCCAUAAUUGUAACCACGGACUGUGCCUGCUGGUUGCCCAUUAUAGUUGUAAAGCUGGCAGCGCUCUCAGGCUGUGUUAUCUCGCCCAAUCUGUAUGCCUGGCUGGCUGUGCUGGUGUUGCCAGUGAACUCCGCAUUGAAUCCCGUGCUCUAUACGCUCACCACGGCCGCAUUCAAGCAGCAGCUGCGUCGCUAUUGUCACUCGCUGCCCACCUGCUCCUUGCGCCACAAUGAGACGCGCUCCCAAACGCAGACAGGCUAUGAGUCCGGGCUGAGUGUCAGCUUGGCGCAUAUGGGCGGCGGCAUUGGAGGCUCGGGCUUGAGUUCAGGGCAUAAGCGUUUGUCACAUCGCCACAUGAGCUAUUUGUAAGGUGUCCACGCCUUAUGGUUACAUUAAUGUUAUCAUUUUUCGAAUACAUGUGAUCUGAUUAGCUUAAUUCCAAAUGUA